AGAGGCCAGAACACCGUGCUCGUGGCUGGAUGGCCAAAGCCAGGAUGGUCGGUUCAGAAGGAGGCCGGAGCCGCGGUCGCUUGGCAUCCCCUUGAGGCUCCCGCCGGCUGACGGCGGGUCGGCGAGGGGCGGGGACGCGCGCUCCCUGCGAGUGGUACCCAGAGCGGGGCGCGCGCACGCGCGGGCGGGCCCAGGUAGAGGCACAGGUGUGCGCCAGCCGGAAAGCGGGUGAACGGGGGCAUGGCGCGCAGGCGAGCGAGCCCCGGAGCCACGCCGCGGAGCCCCCACUGUGAUUGACCUCCUCCCAGCCCAUCCCAUCUCAUCUUCACCCCACCUUAUCCCCUUCCCAUCCCUCCCCAGCUCAUCCCAGCCCAUCCCUGGUAAUCCAGGCACAGCCAGGACGGAAAAUGAAGGAAAUCUGCAGGAUUUGUGCCCGAGAGCUGUGCGGCAACCAGCGGCGCUGGAUUUUCCACACCACCACCAAGCUCAACCUCCAGGUGCUCCUGUCCCACGUCCUGGGCAAGGAUGUCUCCCGAGAUGGCAAGGGCGAGUUUGCCUGCAGCAAGUGCGCUUUCAUGCUGGACCGGGUCUAUCGCUUUGACACGGUCAUCGCCAGAAUCGAAGCCCUCUCCAUCGAGCGCCUACAAAAGCUGCUGCUUGAGAAGGACCGCCUCAAAUUCUGCAUCGCCAGCAUGUACAGGAAGAAUAAUGAUGACCCCAGCACCGAGGCCAAAGCAGGGAUUGGGACUGUGGAUAUUUCCAGUUUACCCGAUGUCAGAUACACUGCACUGCUCCAGGAAGACUUUGCGUACUCUGGGUUUGAGUGCUGGGCAGAAAAUGAGGACCAGACUCAGGAAGCUCACAGCUGCCAUGCUUCAGAGGGCCCUGCCAACAGGCCCAGGAGGUGUAGAGGCUGUGCUGCUUUAAGGGUUGCCGAUUCUGACUAUGAAGCCAUUUGUAAGGUACCCCGAAAGGUAGCCAGAAGCAUCUCCUAUGGGCCUUCUUCUACCAGGUGGUCUACCAGUAUAUGUACUGAAGAGCCAGCCUUGUCAGAGCUUGGGCCUCCAGACUUAUCAAGCACAAAGGUACCAGCGGAUGGGGAAAGCAUGGAAGAAGGAACUCCUGGUUCCUCUGUGGAAUCUUUGGAUGCUACUGUACAGGCCAGCCUUGCACAACAGAAGGAUGAGGAACCCGAGAGAGGCAGCAAAGAACUCCCAAAGUGUGAUUGCUGCUCAGAUGAUCAGGCGAUCCAGUACACGUGUGGCCACAAGCUGGAGCUAGCUCUUAGCAUGAUUAAAGGUUUUGACUAUAAGCCCAUCCAGAGCCCCCGGGGGAGCAAGCUUCCUAUACCAGUGAAAUCCAGUCCACCCGGAGCCAAGCCUGGCCAUCUCAUGACAGAUGGAACCAGUCCCAGUUUCCUCAACAGGCCUGUGAAACCCCAUUCCAAGACACCUGUGGGCUAUUCCCUGGAGAUUUCUGAACUGCAAGAGUUGUGGGAUGAUCUCUGUGAGGACUAUUUGCCCCUCCGGUUCCAGAAUAUUGCUGAAGAGCCACUCCAACCACCGGAGCUGAAUUCAGAUGAGGCCACCAUGACCCAGCCGUGUGUGCCUGAUUCUCACUUGGCAGAACUUCAAGACAAAGUUGAGCAAACAGAAGCUGCCAACAAGAUUCUACAAGAGAAACUGAAUGAAAUGAGCUGUGAACUAAAAUCUGCCCAGGAAGCAUCACAGAGGCAGGAUUGUACAAUUCAGAACCUCAGUCAGUCCUUGAAGAACAGGGAGAGUGAGACUGAAGAGCUAUACCAAGUGAUCGAAGGUCAGAACGACACAAUGACCAAGCUGCGGGACAUGCUGCACCGAAGCCAGCUCGGACAACUGCAGCCCCCAGAAGGCGGGUCCCCAGCCCAGCAGCAGCUGGCCCUGCUUGAGCUCCAGAAUGCCUUAUUCUGCAGCCAGCUGGAGGUACAGAAGUUUCAGAGGGCAACCCGACGGAAGGAACGGCUCCUGGAGGAUGCCAAGCGGAACCUUCAAUUCAUGGAGGCUGCAGCUCAGGGGCUGGAACAGCAGACGGAAGCGGCACAGACCCACAAUCAGGAAUUGCGAAGUACCCUGCAGCAACUCCAGGAAGAUUUGCGCAGUAAGAACCAGCAGCUUCAGAUGCUGGAGGGCACGAGGUGCCGUGAGACUCAAGCCCAAGAGCAGAGCAUUCAGCGUCUGAACUACAGCCUGCGUCAGAAAGACCAGCUUCUGCAGGAAUACCGAGAACUCAUGCAAUAUCAGAACAACUCAGAGAAAAGCCUUGAGGCAAAUGAAAUGAUGCUUGAGAAACUUCGACAUCGCAUCCAAGACAGAGAUGUUGCUUUAGAGCGGGCCAUUGAUGAGAAGUUUUGUGCCUUAGAAGAAAAGGAAAAAGAACUACAUCAACUUCAUCUUGCUGUGAGAGAGCGAGAUCAUGAUUUAGAGAGACUCCGCUGUGUCCUGUCUUCCAAUGAAGCCACCAUUCAGAGCAUGGAAAGUCUCCUGCAGGCUAAAAGCUUGGAGCUGGAGCAGCUUUCGGUCACCUGCCGGAACCUCCAGUGGUUGGAAGAAGAAGUGAAGCAGAAAUUCGGCCGCUGGCAGCAGGAGCACGAGGGCAUCGUCCAGCAGCUGCAGACGUCUCUGCAUGACAGGAACAAGGAAGUGGAGGAUCUUAGUGCAACAUUGCUUUGCAAGCUAGGACCAGGGCAGAGUGAAGUUGCCGAAGAGUUGUGUCUACGCCUGCAGCGGAAAGAAAGGCUGCUGCAGGAACUUCUGAGUGACCGAAAUAAGCAGGCUCUGGAGCACGAGAUGGAGAUUCAGGACCUGCUCCAGUCUGUGAGCGCCAGGAAGAGGGAGAGCCAGCUUGCUUUGGGGAAGAUGGCACAAGCCUUGAUGGAAAGGAGCGCCGAGGUGCAGACCUUGCGCCAGCACAUCAGAGGGAAGAACCUGGGGUUCAGCACAGACCAGCCAGCUGAAGCUGCCACAUUCAUUGGCUGCCAUCAUGAGGAGCGACCUAUCCAGGAAUCAAUGCAAGGAAAUGUCAAAGAUGAACUUACUUUAGUGACUGCUAAAGGCAAUGCCAGCGCAUCCAGGCCUCAGUCAGGAAACACGGAGGCCUCUGUAGAGCUGGAAAAGGAACUGAUUCAUGCCAAAGAGGAACUUGAACUCCUAACAAGAAAAGAAAGAGAAGGGCGGAUGGAACUCUCUGCUCUCCAAUCCAUGGUCGCUGUGCAGGCAGAAGAGCUGCAGGUUCAAGCUGCUGACAUGGAGUCCCUGACCAGGAACAUGCAAAUCAAGGAAGACCUAAUAAAGGAUCUUCAGAUGCAGCUUGUGGACCCUGAAGACAUCCCAGCUGUCCAGCGCCUGACCCAAGAAGUCUUGCUCCUUCGGGAAAAAGUAGCCUCAGCAGAAUCCCAGGGUCAGGAAACAACCGAAAACCGCAGGCGUCAGCUGCUGCAGGUGAUGGAGGGGCUGGUGGAGGAGCGAGGCCGGCUCAACGAAGCCCUCCAAGCAGAGAGACGGCUCUACAGCAGCCUGGUGGAGUUCCACACGCAUCCGGGCGGCUCUGAGCAAGAUCAGGCCCUGCAGGUGGAGUUGGAAGGAGCCCAGAUGCUACGCGGCCGGCUGGAGGAAGCUCUUGGAAGAAGCCUGGAGCGCCUAAGCAGGCUGGAGACCCCAGCUGCCUUUGGAGGCACAGCUGGGGGUGAGGACACCGAGGAUGCCAGCACUGAGUUCACUGACAGUAUUGAAGAGGAAGCCUCACACAACAAUCCCCACCAGCAAUAUGUCAAAGAGGCUUCAGAGAAAAUCCUGUGGACCGAGGAAACCCAACAUUCUAACAGAAUUCCUCCUUCCCCAACCCGAGGAGGAGGAGACAAAAACAGUGGCCUUGAGGAGGAAGUACUGUGCCUGAAGGCAGAGAUCCAUCAGCACCUGGAACAGAAGAGAAAAGCUGAAGGGGAGCUGAAGGAUCUGAAAGCCCAGAUCGAGGAAGCAGGAUUCUCCUCUGUUUCCCACAUCAGGAACACCUUGCUGAGUCUGUGCUUGGAGAACGCUGAGCUAAAGGAGCAGAUGGGAGAAGCAAUGUCUGAAGCCUGGGAAAUGGAGGAAGACAGGGAGAAGGAAGAAGGGCUGGGGGAGGAUGCCAGACGGGCUUUGAAAGAAGACAGCCUAUGUGCUGAGGUCAGAAAGCUGCACGGGAAGCUGCGGAACGCCAAUACCAUAAUCAACCUCCUCAAGGAGCAGCUGGCACUGAACAGCAAAGAAGGCGACGGUGAGCUGACUCCGCAGCUUAUUGUCCGCUUGGCCGAGGAGAUCGACCGUCUGAAGACGGAAGUUGUGUGGGCUCCUGGGAAGCCCUCGGCUCUAGGAGACCAGAUCCAAGAAGACAAGGUGUCAAACAGGCCAUAUUCCAGACCCCAGCCCCUUGACCUUGUGUCUGUCCUUGACUUAAAGCUCAAGGAUGGCUACCAGGUGGACAGCCAAGGCCGGCUCAGUAGCCAUGGGUCACCAGCAGAAUCUAGUCCGCAUGGGCCAACUCACCAGCUCCGCACCCAACUGGAACAGUGUAGACAACGCUACCAAGAUCUCCAGGAGAAACUGCUGGUGUCCGAAGCUACAGUCCAAGUCCAGGCCAGCCAGCUGGAGCAAUACCGAGUCUUAUUUCGUGAGCCCGGGGUGAAACAGGACAGCAAGCAGGUCCAGGUGGAUCUCCAGGACUUGGGAUACGAGACGUGCGGCCGGAGCGAGAAUGAGGCUGAGCGAGAAGAAACCACCAGCCCUGAGUGUGAAGAACACGACGUCUUCAGUGACGCCAGGCUAACUGAGGGCUUACACUCUCAGUACAAUUUUCUGGGGUCAGCACUGACCAGUUCCCCUCUAAAGAAGCCUUUGGGGAAACAGACGGAUUUCUUGGACUAUGGAAAAUCAGAGGACAUUGCUGUCCUCCAGCAGCACAUCAGAGACCUGAAAGCGAGGCUGCAAAACUCAGACAAGGUCAUCCAGAAUCUGAAAUGCCGAGUGCGCUCUUUCUCUGUCACCAGCGACUAUGCCUCUAGCCUGGAAAGGCCCAGAAAAAUGAAGCUGAAGGGUGGUGAUCUCACGUCCUCCCCAUCCCACAGCCUCACGGAUGAGGAUGAGGGGUGGCAAUCUGAUGGCAUGGGGGUCUUCUGCCCUCCUAAGAUGCAGGCCAGAAAAGAUCUGGAGAAACUCAUCCAGAGAGUGUCCCUGUUGGAGGCCCAACUUCCAAAAUCCCAGGUGGAAGGGAAGCUGGUGGAGGAGCUGAAAUCAGCCACCUGGCCAGGGAAAUAUGACUCCUUGAUCCAGGCUCAGGCCCGAGAGCUGUCCCAUCUGCGCCAGAAGAUACGGGAAGGGAGAGGUGUGUGCCAUAGCCUCACCCAGCACCUGAGGGACACUGUUAAGUCUUUUGAGGACCUCCUCCGAGGCACGGACAUUGACUACUACUUGGGACAGAGCUUCCGGGAGCAGCUUGCUCAGGGGAGCCAGUUAGCAGAAAGACUCGCCAAUAAACUCAACACCAAGGAUCGAGGGAAGGUGGAUGACCAUUCAAGCCACGAGCUACUGGCCCUCAGGCUCAGCAAGGAGCUACAAGAAAAGGAGAAAGUGAUUGAGGCCCUGCAGUCCAAACUCAGCACUCGAUCCCUGACUCCCUCCAGCAGCCAUGCCCACUCCGACUCCCAUCGUUCUCGGAGCAGCACCUCCUUCCUAUCUGAUGAGAUGGAAGCCAGCUCAGACAUGGAUGUGGCCAGCGAAUAUACCCAGUAUGAAGAAGACUGUGCAGACAAAGCUCCGACCAACAUCCUGGACUCCAUCCAUCAUUCAAGUAACAAUGCAGCUCCUUCAUCUAAUCUAUCCUCUGCCACUACAUCUCAUGGGACUAAGAAGGAAUCCAGCAGCAUCCCUGCAACCAUGCCAUCUUCUCAGAAACCCCCCAAGGAGGCCAGCCAGGCACAUGCAGGCCUUUAUUUUAACUCCAUCCCCAAGCCAGUUGGCAUUUGCCAGCCUCCACUUUCCUCGACCCCCUCCAUCUUUCUGCCUUUUGGCCCCCCUUCCCCCGCCAUUCCUCCCCUCAUUGGCUGCUGUGGGACAUCAGUGCUCUCCUUGGCAGAGGCUCAACAGGAGUUGCAGAUGCUACAGAAGCAGCUGGGAGAAAGUAUCAGCCCUUCCACUCCCGCCAUGCCAGCCCCAUUGCCUAGCAACCUUGCUGAAGUUGGUUCUCCCCACUGCCUGCACACCCCACACCGUACUUCCCAGCCCCAUCCUCUGGGGAUAUCUGCAGAACUCUGCAGGUCAGCAGACUCAGGACUCCUUAGCAGCAGUGGCCUUUGGGAAACGAUUAGACCUCAGAAGGGAACCACUUUGGGGGACCUGUCCCCAAACUCCGCGAUGUGCCAACCUCGAUCUAAACUCACAGGGGCUGAUCUGUUGGAGGAACAUCUUAGUGAGAUCCAGAACCUCCGCCAACGCCUCGAGGAAUCCAUCUGCAUUAAUGACCGCCUUCGAGAACAGCUGGAGGACAGGCUCUCCUCUGCCACAAGAGCUAAUGGCUCCUCUGCUAGCAUUUACAUGCCAGCUCUGGAGUCCAUGCCCCAGCUGUGCAAUGAGAACAGAAUCCUCCGGGAAGAAAACCAGAACCUGCAGGCUCAGCUGAGCCACCUCUCCAAAGAGCAUUCUAGGGAGUUGGAGCGUCUGAGGGAGGCUCUGCUGGCCUCCCGUGCCCGACUUCAAGAGCUAGAGAUGGAACUGGAGAAGCAGAAGGCAGAUCGGCGGCAGACCGCGGAGGACCUGAAGGAGAAGCAGCAGGAGGUCCUGCAGUUCCGCGAGGAGCAGCUCUCCCUGCAGCAGAAGAACGACAGGCUACAGCAUAAAAUGAUUCUCCUGCAGCAGCAGUGUGAGGAGAACCAGAGGCUCUUUAAGUCCCUCCAGUCGCAGCUGCAGGUCUACGAAACGCUCUAUGGGAGCUCCAAGCAGGUGCUGAAGGCUUACAGCUGGGACAUCUAUCAACAAGGGCCUCUGAGCAGUGACUUGAGCACCCUUGUGGCAGAGGUUCGGGCUCUCCGAAGUCGGCUGGAAUACAGCAUCCAGGUGAACAAUUCCCUGCGGCAACAGCUGGAGCAGCAGCUGGAUGGCAGUCCUGGGAAAGCCACCCUCGGCUCCUCCUGCGUGACUCAGGCUUUCCCAGCCACUAGCCCUGGGGACAAGUGGCAGUUCUUCCAAGAUUCAAUUUCUUCUCCUCCAGUUCGAGACGUUGGUAUGAAUGUUCCAACUUCAGUCUUCUCCACAGCCACAUCCAGUGCUCUUGACCCAGAGACCUCCUCCUUCCAUAGAGCAAAAGGAUCGGGUUUGGAUGUGUCCCCUGGAAAGAAGAGCCCUCCCACGCUGGAGGGGGAUGCUCCCGAUGGUUCAUUUGCCAACAAGCGUGGUCGCCACAUGAUUGGCCACAUCGAUGACUAUAGCGCCCUGAAGCAGCAGAUCCUGGAAGGAAAAGUUCUGGUGCAUAAGAUGGUCUCUCUCAUUCAGGUCACUCUCAACUCACCUGCCCUGGAAGCCCGAGGCACUGAGGUUCUCGCCUCUGAAAGCAUCCAUCAGCUCCGGGGCAGCACCAGUACCCUGCAUCAGAUCUUGGAGGAGUCUGCCUCUCUCCUCACCAUGUUCUGGAGAGCAGCCCUGCCCAGUACCCACAGCCCUGCACAGCAGAGGAAAGUGGAGGAGUCAAUGAAAGGAGAAAUUCUAGAGCUGAAAACCAAAUUGUCUAAGCAAGAGACUCUCCUUCAGAGUACAAAUGAACGCCUGAAGACCAGCAACCGGCUGAAGGAGAGCAUGGAGCAGUUCAUUAUCAACCAAUUAACUAGGACACAUGAUGUUUUGAAGAAGGCAAGGACAAAUCUUGAGGAGCCAGGCAGAAAGCGAAGCCAUCAGGGGGCCCUGAAGCAAGAGGAGGGACAUGCCUGUCCGCGAUUUCUCCAGUUACCUAACCAUUGAGGAGCAGCCAGGUCCCUUUGAAAGCCGCACUGUGGGGCUCAGAGGACCCAGAAGCAGAAGACAGAGCAUUACCUUGCUGGAGGUGCAUGGAAAUGGAAGGAACCCAACAAUCCAGUAUUAUCACCAUCCUGGCAGGGACCCACACCUGGCUCUGGGCAAAAAUGUAGAAACUUAUUUAUGGGUGUAGAACCUAAAAUGCUGCUUCUACCUUAGCCUUGGGUCGUUUGGAUCCCGUCCCAAGGGAGCAGAAAGCCUAGAUGUCUGCAGCACAAGCUUCUUUCUUCAGUACUUGUCCUUUAAAUGUGUAAACUCAGGGGAAACAUAGCCAUCCUCCCCUUGAAUGGGUAGCGGCAUGGCCCACAGACACUGGACAUUAUAAUCCCUUAGGAAAGUGCAUAGAUCAGUGCGACUCUAGAAGCAUAUUUUCCAGUUAUGCAUGAGCAGUUGCAAAGGGCAGUUGAAAUACUGACCUAUUCCCCUUGGUGGUCACUAUUCACAACUCUCCUCUUCCUGGAGCAGCCUCAUAUAGACUGUUCAUGAGAGAUGGAAACAUGGAAAAAAUAACAUACAGAAAGUAACAUCCAGAACUGAAAUUUCAUCCCUGGAAGGAUCACCAUGGUGGCUUGCCUACUUUUGCCCUGGUGUGGAGAGAAAUGAGACAUGGAGGUCUUAAGCCAGAUUGUCCUCCUCACCUCGGAGCAGUGGCCUAAUAAAUGGCUGGAUUCCUGGACUGUUUCCCACCUUCUAUAUCUAAUCAUUUAAUUCUUUUUUUCUCCAUUUUGCGAUACACAAUUUUCACUUGAUUUGGUUUAGCUGUGGGAUGGUAUUUACUUGCUGUACCCUUUCUUUAUCCUAGUUUCUCCCUCUUAGGGAAUCAGGAAUAGCUGACCAGACACUGUCCAGCAUCGAGCCUCCAUUCUCAGUCCUCAGUUAGGCAAAGUGAAGCCCAUUCUUAGGUGAAAUGCAAGAAGACUUCCGCUGUGGUGAAACCUUCUUUGUGGCACCUCAGUACUUGUAGGAUACAUGUGUGUAUAUAUGCUGCCACAGUGGUGUGAGCCACAGGACAGAUGGUUGGGGACAGGAGGGAGGCAGGAGAGAGAUAUUCCAGUCUCCUUAUUAGGCUGUCUUAUGCCUAAGGGGAGGGCAGAUUGUGUAUAAGAAAUAAAAGCUUUUUUCUUCACUUGAA